UAUUACAAUAAUAAACUCGUACAUACCUGCUGCUCCAUAUAUUCCACGUCACAAGAAUAAAAAAAAAUAACGAUACCUAAAAUACCCUAAGGCUAUUAAAAAAAAGAAGACUAUUUUAUAUGGUUAGGAUUAUUUGCCAUGAAAAAGUUUUAAAUUAAAAGUGUUUGAUGAACGUAUAAUUAUUAAUCUCUUGUUAUGUGCUUAAAGAGUUUUACUGUUGAAGCUCAUCAAUAAAAUUAUAACGUCAGUGGUAUAUAAUAAUAAUAAUGUGUGGUUGUUGAGGGACUUGUAUAACAUGAGUGACUCGUGCUGAAAUGAUAAGGAAAGAAUAAGGAGUUAAAUUACUUUUAUAAUUAUCCACCAGUUUACACAAAUGGGGGCAAUGUCCAGGAUUUAUUCUCAUUUAUUGCAUAAAUAUCCAGUGGUUGUCCAGUCUCUGCAAGCAGGUACAUUGACAGGAGCUGGGGAUGUCCUGUCUCAAGUUCUUGUUGAAAAGAAGUCUGCAAAUCAGUUUGAAUGGCAGCGUACUGUUCGCUUUUUUGCAAUUGGUUCAUUUUUAGUUGGCCCAGUAUUAUCAAGAUGGUAUAAAGUGUUAGACAGCAGAAUUGGAUCUGGCAAAGGAGUGAUAGCUCUGAAAAAGGUGGCUGCUGACCAAGGGCUGUUUUCACCUGUUUUUUUGGGAGUCUUCUUGACUGUGUUGGGAGCCAUGCAGGGGAACACACCACAGCAUAUUCAGAAUGAUAUCAAGAAGAACUACAAAGAUAUUUUGCUGACCUGUUGGAGUGUGUGGCCAGCUGUUCAAAUCUGCAAUUUCUCCUUUGUGCCUCUACAUCACCAGGUACUUGUAGUUCAGACAUUUGCAUUGUUCUGGAACACAUACCUGGCAUGGAAGACCAAUCAAGGCCUUGGAGCUCCAAGCCCACAGAAGGAACUCAUGGCAGAUAAUUAAAAUACAGUACUGUACUGUACUGCACUCCAUAAUAUACUGAAGACUAAUUUUAGUCUUAGUCAAGAAAUGUAAAUUUAUUGUAAAUCUUGUAUAGAUGUGAAGGGCAGUUGCAACAAAGAAAAUUUGAAUAAUUUUUAUAAUAAUUUAUAGAGUACAGUCAUUGAGCCAGUUGCCUGAUUGUCCAAUUUUAUUUUAUUUUUUUUUUUUUCACUACAGUAUUAGUUUACCUGGGGACUUCUGGUCAGCCCCCAUGGGUGAUUGAGUGUUAAAUAAAUUUGCUUAUAUUCACCUAUCUUAUUAUGGUGUGUCCCCAGUCUUCUUGUUCAAAGAAUAACCAUGCAGUAUUAUCUGACCAUUUCUGGAAUCUAGAUGAAAUUCAAGCUGUUACUGAUCUUGUGUAGACUGAAUGUAUCAUAAUGUCUUCUUAUUGUCAAAAAAGAUACAGAACAGCAGAGAAUAAUCAUACUAUAUAAGAAAUUAUUUUACUUAUACAGUAUCUGAAUUUUAUAAAGGCUUUGAAGGAUUGAAAAGCCUAUUUUUGGUGACUGUGCCUCCAUAGUGUAUGAGCUCUAGAGAACUCCCUCUAGUACCCCUCCCAUAGGGGUGAAUGGGAAUCCUAAGUCAUCCAAGUUAUAAAAACUUGGGCUAAAUUUCCCUAAAACUCGAAGUUGUUGCAGCAGGCAUCCCUAAUCCACUGCUGUUUUCUAUGAUGUGAGAGGUUAUCCGCAAGGCCCUAUUUUUCUUGUUCCUGGGGUUUCAGCAUGAGGAGAGACGUGCCCAGUGUGGGAUCAUUUCACCCCAAUCUAGGCACUUUGCAUUUGGAAGCAGACUUAGCAGCCAAUUUCCACCUGUCUUUAAGUAACACUCACUCCUUUCUGGUUUUGUCCAUCGGUGAAGAGAACUUCGUGAGGGACGUAACCCGGACCGUGCAUACUGGGCAGGCAAGAGGGUCAAACCAACCUCCCAUCGAGCAAGGGGUGUGGGUAGGGCAGCUAUUAUGACUGUCCAGACGGAAGGAGCUGGGAUAUCCUUUCAUCUUGCACUUUAUCGAAUGAAUCCUGUGGGUGUCCUUGGUCUUUCGAGGAGAAGAGUCUUGUCAGUUGUUGGAAGAGUCCUUCUAUGCGGGACCAUCGAAGGUAGGAUUGGUAAGCCUGUCCACCUUCGCUGAUGCAGUAUGGGUGUCUUGUGUGGUUGGUAUGCUGGAUGUGUGUUUGUUUAUUACAAACGCUGGUGUCAAAUUCAAGACUGUACUUGGACGAUCAUCAACAUGGGAUUUUUAGUAACAUUAAUUGGCGAGGAAAUAUUAAUAUUUUCCAGUCAGAAACUGACUUAGAAAGCUGCUAAAAUUUGUUAUUAUUUUUUUUAAAUGUGCUUACUUUAUUAAUAUGUCAUGUUAAGUUUAGUGACGAUGUCCUGUCAGUGAAAUUUGACUCGUUCCAGAUUAUUGCCAGUUUAUAGUUUCCAGACAAAAACUUGCAAAACUGCUAAAAGGUUGAAUAAAUUACUUUAAAUAUGCUUAACUGAUUAGUAAUAGCAUUUGCAUGAUAGAUGAGUCCAACAGGAGAACGAGCUUGCAUUUGGCAGUAAACAAAGCACAAGUCUCUUGAAAAUGUCAAUUUAUUAACCUUAAAAACAUUAAUGCAAGAAAAAGGUUUAUAGAAUUGUCAAUAUGUUUUCUUUGUUCAUUAUUUGUAUUUACUAUAAAUAUCCAAUAAAACAAACAAAACAAUUACGAACAGGGUAACAAAGAGCAGCUCCUAGCCACAUCUUCAAAUUACAAAAUUAUUAGUUCGUUUUUCCUCCAUGUGCUGCAGUGCGGGGUUCUUCGCAUUUAAAGCGAUGGUGGUUGACACGAUGACCCUCAUCAAUGGAAGAGGGUGAUUAAAACUUUGGGCAUAGUACUGUGCCAUUGCAUGCACAUUGUCCCUAUAAGGUUCCUUUUUUUACAGUAUGAAGACAGUGUUGGAGUGUGUGGCCAUGUAUGGCCGCUACUUUACAUUUAGCUUUGUUCACAUCUGCCCGUGAGGCAUACAGCCAGAGGUACUUAUAACUUAACACCUUAGUGUAGCAGUUACUACAAUUUGUAAAUUAGGAAUGUAUAUGAUUUUGUUCCUUGCUUCCUUUAUUACAGUACAUGUUUUUCUUGAUACAUCUUAUGGUACACAAUGGAUUGACUAGUGCUUGUUUGGUCUUGUCUGCUUACUUCAAAUUCAUCAAGUUCUUUUCUGAUUAUAGUUUUUAGGGUUCUGUUUGACAAUGCUAGUGUAACAAUGCCAUGUUUUUAGAGUAGGUUGUGUCAUGUUUUAGAGGAAAUACAUAAUUAUGAAAAUUCAGAUUAGACAAAGAUUACCCACCAUAAUGCAUGAUCCAAUCAGAGUGGCCUGUGAGUGUGAUGUUAUAGGCCUAACUGUGCUUAUUGGCUGGAAGUUGAGUUUGUGCCCUAGCAAGGGGGCACUCUGUUUUCAAACACAGAGUCUGGUUAGCGGUGGUUAAGUGUAGAGGUGCUCGUGGUUGGCAGGUCUUCAGCAUGGCGAUAUAUACAGUACAGUAUAUCCCUUUAUGUUUUAUCGUUUCACAGAAUAUAUUGCGAUUCAUGUGACUCGUUUAACUAGCUGGGAAUAUAGGUUUAUUGUUUUGAAAGUAACUGUCCAUUCUGAGUAAUGUAGUUAAUAAAUGAAGAAGCAUAA